AUGCAGCAAGCGAUGGAGGACUUGCUGGAGGAUGAGGAUGAGGACUAUGACAAAGAUGACAAGGACCCGGAGAGAAAGGGCUUCAUCAACAAGCUGUAUGCCAUCCAGGAUGUGUGCAUCAGUGUGCAAAAUGCCCUGGAUGAAGUGGCAUCCUAUGGCGAAAGGAUAAAGAACACCUUUAACUGGACAGUCCCUUUCCUAAGCUGGUUGGCCAUCGUGGCUCUAUGUGUGGCCACUGUUCUCAUCUACUAUAUCCCCCUACGCUACAUCGUCCUGGCCUGGGGGGUGAAUAAAUUCAGCAAGAAGCUCCGUGACCCGUAUACCAUUGACAACAACGAGCUCUUGGACUUCCUGUCCAGAGUCCCCUCAGAUGUUCAAGUGGUGCAGUACCGAGAGCUGAAAGUGGAUCCCAGUCAUAGUCCAAAUAAAAGAAAGAAAAACAACCCGGGAUAACUGGCUUUGCCCGCCCACGGAA